GAGUUCAAACCUCACAUCUUCAUCGUGGCGGAGGAAGCCUACAGGAACGUUCAGGGCCAGCUGGAGCCGGUCAACCAGUCGCUGGUGGUCAGCGGUGAGAGCGGAGCGGGAAAGACGUGGACGUCUCGUUGUCUGAUGAAAUACUACGCCACGGUGGCGGCCUCGUCCUCGGUGGUGCAGAGUCAGGACACGGUGGAGCGCAUCGAGAGGAGAGUGCUGGACUCCAACCCCAUCAUGGAGGCUUUCGGAAACGCCUGCACGCUGCGGAACAACAACAGCAGCCGCUUUGGGAAAUACAUCCAGCUGCAGUUAGACAG